AUGACGACAACACCAUCAACAUCAACAACACCAUCAACAUCAUCACCAACGUUCUCGUUCUCUUCUUUCCCGCGAGUGCAUCCUGUGGAUUGGAACCUUCUCGAGCGAGUGCCUUCGCCGGAAGAUAUCGUUCGUUUACACGACGUGGACGGUUUAGAAUUGAUUGUGGAAGACAUAAUUCGAGGCGAUUUCUCCUCUUCUUCUUCUUCUUUUCUUCCUCCUCUUCCUCGCGACGAGAACGACAAUAACGGUGACGACGAUGACGACGAGAACAAAAAGAAAGCAAAGUUAAAGGAGAAGGCGUUUCGAUUGGCGCAGCUUCUGGUGGAGUAUUUGCUCUUCGUGCAAGACGUUUUGGUCGAACGGAAAACCGCUUCCCAAAUUGAAAACGACAAGUUAAAGACAGAAUUGGAAGUGUGGGUGAGAAGAGCGAAAGAGGAACGGGAGAAGAGGAAAGCGCUGCAAAAUACAACGCGAGCGAAUAAAAAGGAAGAUGAGAAAGAAGAAAAAGAAGAAGAAGAAGCGGGAGUGGUUGUUGAAGAGUUGAAGGGAAAACUCAAAGAAACGAUGGACGCGCUCGAACGCGCGCGCGCAGAGUUGGAGGAGUUUAAAAGACAACAAAAAGCCGCCGUCGCUGGCGGAAACGAAGACGAACGCGGAAACAGAAAAAGUGGGAAGGAGAACAGCGUAGAGGCCAAUGGUGGAAAAAAUAACGGUAGCAACGCCGCCGCCGCCGCCGCCGCCGGAGGCGUAGAUAAGACACAGUAUUCCGGAAAGUUAAGGCAAGAGGUGAAAAAUUUAUUAGUUCGCGUAGGUGCGAAAAGUGCGGGGAAGUUGAGCGAUAGGAACACGGCGAGAAGCUUUGGAAAGCUUCAAAAAAUUAUCGAAUCGGAGAGUAAUUCGAGCGAUAGGAGCGCCGCGGAAAGAAGAAAGUAUCAGGAGACCAGUAGGACUUUGCACUUAACGCUUGUUAAUGGUGAAUCUUUCCAGGUGAUAUAA